ACUACAUAUUAUUUAUUUAUUUUGUGUAAAAUAUCAUAAAAUUUUACGUAAUCAUAAACAUGAACUCUAAUAAACCCCUAACUUGCAUCUUCAGCAUUCUCUUCUCCAUUGUUAUCUUCGUUUCUUUACCAUCUUUAAUCACCGCUUCAUCAUCGGUAACGGCAGUUUUUGCUUUCGGAGACUCGACAAUCGAUGCAGGCAACAACAACGGCCUCCCGACGCUUUUUCGCAGCGAUCAUGCCCCAUAUGGCAAAGAUUUUCCAAACCAACUCGCUACGGGGAGAUUUAGUAACGGAAAAUUAUCGACGGAUUUUAUGGUAUCAUCAUUAGGUCUAAAAGAUCAAUUACCCGCUUAUUUUAACCCUAAUAUCACCGAUUCCGACUUAUUAACGGGUGUUACUUUUGCGUCCGCCGGUUGCGGAUUAGAUGAUAUUACGGUAAAUUUGGCAGAAGUGUUUUCUAUGUCAAGGCAAUUAGAUUAUUUUGAUGAAGCUGUGAUGAGGAUAAUGAAAUUAGUUGGUGAAGAAAAGGGUAAGAUUAUAGUGGAAAAUUCUAUUUAUGUUAUUAGUGUUGGUACUAAUGAUAUGGUGGAUAAUUUUUAUGAGUUGCCAACGAGAAGAUUACAAUUUUCUCUUUCGGAUUAUCAAGAUUUUCUGCUUCAUCAACUCGAAUCUGUUGUGCAGAGAUUAUACAAAGCAGGAGGCCGGAAGUUUAUAUUUGUAGGUCUACCGCCGAUAGGGUGCUUGCCAGUGCAAGUGACACUUGGCAGUAUUGUACCGAGCGGACAUAUGUUUCAAAGGGUGUGUGUGGAGCAGCAGAAUACUGACUCCAUUGCUUACAACAUGAAGCUUCAAACCCUAGCCACAGGAUUGGAAACUAGCAAUGAUCUCAAGGGUGCCAAAGUUGCUUAUUUGAAUGUUUAUGAUUCCAUGAUGGACAUGAUUAAUAAUCCAGCUAAAUAUGGAUUGACUCGGACGCUUGAAGGUUGCUGUGGAUCGGGAGUAGUGGAAAUGGGGCCAUUGUGCAAUUCUAUGGAAGCAAUUUGUGGUGAUGCAUCCAAAUAUAUGUUUUGGGAUGCUGUUCAUCCUACACAACCUGCUUAUUAUGUUAUUUCCCAACUAGCUAUUCAAACUGUUUUCCCACACCUCCUUGCUUAAAUUAAAUUAAUUCAAAUGAAUUAGCAUAAUUUAAUAAUUGUGAAAUAUUUUUUUAAU